GAGGACAGGCGUAUCUUCAGAGGACAGGUGUAUCUUCAGAGGACAGGUGUAUCUUCAGAGGACAGGUGUAUCUUUAGAGGACAGGUGAGUCUUCAGAGGACAGGUGAAUCAUUAGAGGACAGGUGAGUCUUCAGAGGACAGAUGUAUCUUCAGAGGACAGGUGAGUCUUCAGAGGACAGGUGAGUCUUCAGAGGACAGAUGUGUUGUAAUGUGUCCUCAGGUAUGGUGGAGAUGAUUCCUCAUGCUGACACUCUGAGGAAGAUCCAGGUGGAACAUGGAGUCACUGGAUCCUUCAAAGACCGACCUCUGGCCGACUGGCUCCUGAAACACAACCCCACUGACGAGCAGUACGACAAGGCCGUGGAGAACUUCAUCUACUCGUGUGCUGGCUGCUGUGUGGCCACCUACAUCCUGGGAAUCUGCGACCGCCACAAUGACAACAUCAUGCUGAAGACCAGCGGUCACAUGUUCCACAUCGACUUCGGGAAGUUCCUGGGACACGCGCAGAUGUUUGGAAACAUCAAACGAGACCGCGCCCCCUUCGUCUUCACCUCCGACAUGGCGUACGUCAUCAACGGUGGAGACAAACCGUCCAGUCGCUUCCAUGACUUCGUGGACCUGUGCUGUGAGGCGUACAACGUGAUCAGGAAACACACACACCUGUUCCUCAACCUGCUGGGCCUGAUGUUGUCCUGUGGGAUCCCAGAGCUCUCUGACCUGGAGGAUCUGAAGUACGUGUUCGACGCUCUGAGGCCUCAUGAGUCUGAGGCUGAUGCCACCAUGUACUUCACCAGGUGAUGAAACCUGUUGAGCCUCG